AGCGCCUGUGCUUAGGCAGUUGUAGUCACCUGGUCUGUUCACUUCUGUGACUGUGGGGCGCCAACGGGGUGAUGGCGGUGGAGACGCUGUCCCCCGACUGGGAGUUCGACCGCGUUGACGACGGUUCGCAGAAAAUUCAUGCUGAAGUCCAACUUAAGAAUUAUGGGAAAUUUCUUGAUGAGUAUACAUCUCAGUUGAGAAGAAUUGAAGAUGCACUGGAUGAUUCUAUUGGAGAUGUUUGGGAUUUCAAUCUUGAUCCUAUAGCAUUAAAGCUUUUGCCUUACGAGCAGUCUUCCCUCUUGGAACUCAUAAAGACUGAAAAUAAGGUCCUAAACAAAGUCAUCACUGUUUAUGCUGCACUUUGUUGCGAAAUCAAGAAGUUAAAAUACGAGGCUGAAACUAAAUUUUAUAAUGGCCUCUUGUUUUAUGGAGAAGGAGCUACAGAUUCCAGCAUGGUGGAAGGUGAUUGUCAAAUUCAAAUGGGUAGAUUUAUUUCAUUCUUACAGGAACUGUCUUGUUUUGUUUCGAGGUGCUAUGAAGUGGUGAUGAAUGUAGUCCAUCAGUUGGCUGCCCUCUAUAUCAGUAACAAGAUUGCACCCAAAAUUAUAGAGACAACUGGAGUUCAUUUUCAGACUAUGUAUGAGCACCUGGGAGAACUACUAACCGUUUUGCUUGCGCUGGAUGAAAUUAUUGAUAAUCACAUCACGUUGAAAGAUCACUGGACUAUGUACAAAAGGUUACUGAAAUCUGUCCAUCACAAUCCUUCAAAAUUUGGAAUUCAGGAAGAAAAGCUAAAGCCACUUGAAAAGUUCUUGCUGAAGUUAGAAGGACAGUUGCUUGAUGGAAUGAUAUUUCAGGCUUGUAUAGAACAACAGUUUGAUUCUCUCAAUGGAGGAGUGUCUGUGUCAAAAAAUAGCACUUUUGCUGAAGAAUUUGCACAUAGUAUUCGCUCCAUUUUUGCAAAUGUGGAAGCCAAACUUGGAGAACCUUCUGAAAUUGACCAGAGAGAUAAGUAUGUUGGAGUUUGUGGACUCUUUGUACUGCACUUUCAAAUUUUUCGAACUGUCGAUAAAAAAUUUUAUAAGUCUUUAUUGGAUAUUUGUAAGAAGGUACCAGCUAUCACUCUAACUGCUAAUAUUAUUUGGUUUCCUGAUAAUUUUUUGAUCCAGAAAAUACCAGUAGCUGCCAAACUUCUAGACAAAAAAAGUCUUCAAGCCAUUAAAAUACAUAGAGAAACUUUCCUACAGCAGAAAGCUCAGUUGCUUACCAAAGAUGUACAGUCUUACUACGUCUUUGUGAGUUCAUGGAUGAUGAAAAUGGAAUCUAUUUUAUCCAAAGAGCAGAGAAUGGAUAAAUUUGCUGAAGAUCUCACUAAUAGAUGUAAUGUUUUCAUACAGGGCUUCUUAUAUGCAUAUAGUAUUAGUACCAUUAUUAAAACCACAAUGAAUCUCUACAUGUCCAUGCAAAAGCCAAUGACCAAAACUUCAGUUAAAGCAUUAUGUAGGCUUGUUGAACUUCUUAAGGCAAUAGAACAUAUGUUCUACAGAAGAAGCAUGAUUGUAGCUGACUCAGUUUCACAUAUAACACAGCACCUUCAACACCAGGCUCUCAAUUCUAUUUCUGUGGCUAAGAAAAGGGUAAUUUCUGACAAAAAAUAUAGUGAGCAGCGCCUUGAUGUGCUUUCUGCUCUAGUUCUGGCUGAAAACACCCUCAAUGGACCAAGCACGAAGCAGCGACGACUUAUUGUCUCUUUGGCACUAAGUGUUGGCACACAAAUGAAAACAUUUAAAGAUGAAGAACUCUUUCCACUUCAAGUAGUCAUGAAAAAGCUGGAUCUUAUCAGUGAACUUAGAGAAAGAAUCCAAACACAGUGUGACUGUUGUUUUUUAUACUGGCAUCGAGCUGUCUUCCCAAUUUAUCUAGAUGAUGUAUAUGAAAAUGCUGUUGAUGCAGCCAGAUUACAUUACAUGUUCAGUGCUUUACGUGACUGUGUACCUGCUAUGAUGCAUGCAAGGCAUUUAGCAUCCUAUGACCUUCUUCUGGAUUGUUACGACAAGGAAAUCAUGGAAAUUUUAAAUGAGCAUUUGCUUGACAAGUUGUGCAAAGAAAUAGAGAAGGAUCUGCGACUUUCUGUACAUACUCAUUUAAAGCUGGAUGACCGAAACCCGUUCAAAGUUGGCAUGAAAGACCUGGCACUUUUUUUCUCUCUGAAUCCAGUUCGAUUUUUCAAUCGCUUCAUUGACAUUCGAGCUUAUGUAACCCACUACCUAGAAAAGACUUUCUAUAACCUAACUACAGUAGCUCUUCAUGAUUGGGCCACUUACAGCGAGAUGAGAAAUUUAGCCACUCAGCGUUAUGGAUUGGUUAUGACAGAAGCUCAUCUUCCUAGUCAGACUUUGGAACAGGGCUUAGAUGUUUUGGAAAUUAUGAGAAACAUCCAUAUAUUUGUGUCUCGAUAUCUCUAUAAUCUCAACAAUCAGAUUUUUAUUGAGCGGACCAGCAAUAAUAAACACUUAAAUACUAUUAAUAUUCGGCAUAUUGCUAAUUCAAUUCGAACACAUGGCACAGGAAUCAUGAAUACAACAGUUAAUUUCACUUACCAGUUUUUGAAAAAAAAGUUCUAUAUAUUCAGCCAGUUUAUGUAUGAUGAACAUAUCAAAUCCAGAUUGAUUAAAGAUAUUAGAUUUUUCAGGGAAAUCAAGGACCAAAAUGAUCACAAGUAUCCUUUUGAAAGAGCAGAGAAAUUCAAUCGAGGGAUCCGGAAGCUUGGAAUAACCCCAGAGGGACAGAGUUACCUUGAUCAGUUCAGGCAACUCAUCAGCCAGAUUGGCAAUGCUAUGGGCUAUGUGCGAAUGAUAAGAUCUGGUGGUCUUCAUUGCAGCAGCAAUGCCAUUAGAUUUGUGCCUGAUCUUGAAGAUAUUGUAAAUUUUGAAGAGCUAGUGAAAGAAGAAGGGCUUGCAGAAGAAACCUUAAAAGCUGCAAGGCACUUGGAUUCAGUCCUCAGUGAUCACACACGAAAUUCUGCAGAAGGUACAGAGUAUUUCAAAAUGCUUGUAGAUGUUUUUGCUCCAGAAUUUCGAAGGCCAAAGAAUAUACAUCUCCGAAAUUUUUAUAUCAUUGUCCCCCCUCUGACCCUCAACUUUGUAGAGCAUUCCAUUAGUUGCAAGGAGAAACUGAAUAAGAAAAACAAAAUUGGAGCUGCUUUUACUGAUGAUGGCUUUGCCAUGGGUGUGGCUUACAUUCUAAAGCUUUUGGAUCAGUACCAGGAAUUUGACUCACUGCACUGGUUCCAGUCUGUUAGAGAGAAGUACCGGAAGGAGAUAAGAGCAGUUGCUAAGCAACAGAAUGUACAGUCAGCUGGUCAAGAUGAAAAACUACUUCAGACCAUGAAUCUCACUCAGAAGCGGCUGGAUGUCUAUUUACAGGAAUUUGAAUUGCUGUACUUCUCACUGAGCAGUGCAAGAAUUUUCUUCAGAGCUGACAAGACUGCAGCUGAAGAAAAUCAAGAAAAGAAAGAAAAGGAAGAAGAGGCUAAAGCAAGCAAUGGAGACUUGUCUGACAGCACCGUGUCUGCAGAUCCUGUUGUCAAGUGAGACUGAUGGUGUGGGCUGCCCUCAAGGAAUCAUCAGAACUGUGUUAACACCAUUGCCAGUGAACUGGAUGUUAGUAAGCUCUCGAUGAAGUAUUUCCUGGUCCCCGUCCCUGGGAAAUAUUUAGAUGUGGCACCUUUUAAAGGCAGUGCUCUCAAUUCACUUCAUUCUUCUUCCAAAGGUUCUACUUUUGAAGGCUGAGAAUGAGAUUUUUUUUUUUUUCCAUUGGCAUUUUGCCUGGAUUUAGUCUAGAUGUUCCUAGGGACAGUAACUCGAAGUGAAGUCACAGAAGGGCAAAUGCACAUUCCCAGACUGCCACCUCAGAUCUCUUGUAAUCCCCAUGAAUGUAUGUAACUUGUACUUGCUUAGAUCUCUGAUCUGUACGUGUCUCUGUUAUUGGCACCACAAUACAGAUCUACUAUGUGCAGCCAGUAAAUACACUAGACACAAAAUUGAGCCUGAAAUUGAUGAAGCGUACGUUCUCAGUAUCCUUCAGAGAGACGUUCUCAGUAUAUUUCAGAGAGGAAUACAGGAGGAUGGUUCUGCUGCUUGAGGGGGAAGCACAUGAUGCUGUGUGCCUUCUAUGGACAGUGUAAGCUGGUUCCUUGUUAAUUUCAUGUGACUUACAAGGGCUGCUGGUGCCAUUGGCAAGACAUUGCUGACUAGUUUACAUGGCUUUGACCUCCAACAUUUAACCUCCAGCAGCUGCUUUCAAUUUAAGAUUAAUUUAAUAUUCCAGUUGAAAGAAAAUUGAGAUAAAGCCAUAGAAUCCUGCUUGAAGCUUUUCUUUUGGUUGAAGACACUACGUGUGAUACUGGAGAAAACGGAAUGAAUUCUUAGUCUACAUCCAAACUCAGGUUUUUUUCUGAUUUAAGUUGAAUUGAAAUCUUAUCAAUGGCAGACGUUCUGUAAAAGUAUAAUUUAAGACAUCAGAUUAAGCACUGUGCAGGCUUUUAAAAAAUUACCACUGUGAGAACAAAGUUCUAAUCAAUAAAUCAUUUAUUGAUUUUAAAAGUACAGAAAGAUUUUGAGUAAAUUUAAUUCCCUUUAGACUAUUAUCUUUACUUUUAUAAAGAUUGUCACAUAAUAGACAAUGGUUAGUUGCUAUCUCCAGUCUUUUAAUAUAAUACAAUGAUACCUUUACAGCUAGGAAAAAAUGUUUAAAUUUACAUGUAAUAUGAACUCUCGUGGAAAUAUUUGAUUUUUCCAUUGUAUUUGCCUACGAAGCAUUUUGUUAUAUAAAUCCUGCAAAUCUAACAUUGCUAUCUCAUUCUUGCUUUUAGAAUUGGCACACAAUGCCCUCUCCAUAUAUUCUGGAUUUGGUUAGAGUAGCUUUUCCACCCUUUAAGAUAAAUCUUUUACUUUUAAAAGUGAAAAGAAACAGUAGGAAAUGUUAUUGUCUAUUAUGUAAACAGGACAUAACAGAACUGUGGGUGAUGGAUUAAUCCUUAUAAGGCACUUAAUAUUAGUAAUUCAUAUUCACUGUAGAGGUGGCCCUAAAGCAUGCUGCAUAAUUAAUAAUUUAUAUUUUUAUUGUAAAUGUUUAUAUUAAUAAUCUUGAGUUUGAGUGUAUCAAUUUUAUUACCAUUUCUUAGCCAACUAUAUUUUGUUUUGUUUUUAUUGUCUAACUUCCCUAAAAUCAUCUCAUUAUUUAAUAGGUGUAAAAAUGUAAUUACAAGAUAGUCACAUGUCUGUUCAUGAGCCCUGUGUGUCAGUUAUUUUAUACUAUACAGAAGAUACUAUACAGAAGUCCUGUACUAUCUUCAUGGAUACCUACAAAUGAGAAGAAAGUGACAGGUUACUAUUUCGCCUUUAGUACAAAAUAAUGUCACUGCAGACUGGAUAGUUUUAAUAAGUAUAGGUAUUUGAAAUAAAAUACCUGAAAAGGUUCAGCUGCAAAGGAAAAGGGCCUGAGUGUAUCCAUACUUAAUAAGCAAUUUAGGGUGAUGGUUUGACUUGCUAACACAUAAUGUUGAUAUUUUCAUUUUUUAGAUAUUCUGUAAUUUAAAAAUGGGGAGCAGUUGUUGAAAGUUCUCAGAAAACUUAAUAGUGUUCAAAUUCUCAGGAAUUAAGGACUAACCAUAGCAUUGUCACUUCUAAUUACAUUUUGUAAAAGAUGGCAAGUUUGUUAUCCCACUUGAGUGGGCCCCCCCCCCCACUUCUAAGAGAAACAAUAUGUGUAAGAAAACAUUAAUAAAUACAGUUUCAAAUA